AUGUUAAUCCAUUUUCGUGCUUAGCCUUAGGGUUUUUUUACAUUGCCAUUUUUGUUGCCCAGGUUUUAGAUGGCAGCUCUAGUAUCCAGUCAUUUGGACAAGCCAGUUAAUUUAUUAUGCCUUAGUUUACUUUUACUUGUCUGUAUCCUUUCACAGAGAUCAUGCGCCCAGACUACGUACAAGUCUGUAAACCUGGGAGGGUGGCUCGUUGUUGAAGGAUGGAUAAAACCAACUCUCUUUGAUAGCAUUCCGGACAAUGAUCUCACGGAUGGAACUCAAAUCCAAUUGAAAUCUGUCACAUUGGGUACCUAUCUUGUGGCAGAAGAUGGAGGUGGGAGUAAAAUUGCUGUGAACAGAAAUAGCGCAUCCGGAUGGGAGACUUUCAAGAUAUGGCGUGUGAAAGACGGAAGCUAUCAGCUUAGAGUGUUCAAUAAGAAAUUCAUGGUAGCCCAAAAUGGAGGAGGAGGAAUUGUGAAUGCAGUUACAACAACACCCAGCACAUGGGAAACGUUUCAGAUCAUAAGGAACCCUUCCAAUAGAAACCAAGUGCAUAUAAAAGUUCUUAAUGGAAUGUACAUGCAGGCAAAAUCUCAAGACCAGUUAACUGCCGAUUUUCAAGGUGAGCCGGGGUGGGGCAACAACGCUGCAACGUUUGAGAUGAAUACUUUCGGGCAAUUGAAGGGCGAGUAUCAGCUCACAAAUGGUCUUGGAAACAGAGCACAACAAGUCCUCAAUGACCAUAGGAAUACUUUCAUCACAGAGAGUGAUUUUUCUUUUCUGUCUCAACAUCAAAUAAAUGCCGUCAGAAUUCCUGUGGGAUGGUGGAUUGCAAGUGACCCAAAUCCGCCAGCUCCUUUUGUUGGAGGGUCUCUCAAAGCGCUGGAUGAUGCAUUCUCCUGGGCUAAGAAACAUAACAUUAAAAUUAUAGUAGAUCUCCAUGCUGCCCCGGGUUCCCAAAAUGGAGACGAGCACAGUGGCACAAGAGACGGGUAUAUUGAAUGGGAUUCACAAAACAACAUUGAUAAAAGCAUCUCAGUAAUCGACUUUCUUGCUUCCAGGUAUGCCAAAGACAGUGCUCUUUUGGGAAUUGAAUUAUUGAAUGAGCCUCGUACUGCCAUACAAUUGGAUACACUAACUCCAUAUUACAAAAAAGGAUAUGACACCAUCCGAAAGUACUCCUCUUCAGCUUAUGUGAUGAUGUGUAAUCGAAUUGGUGGUGCUGAUCCCAAAGAACUGUUCCAAAUGAAUAAUGGUUUAACACGCACUGUAGUUGAUGUGCAUUACUACAAUUUAUUUGAUGACCAGAAGUUCAAAAGCAUGACGGUUCAACAAAACAUAGACUUUGUCAAAUAUGAUAGAGCUGCACUUUUGAAUAUCUUACUGAGUGCCAAUGGUCCUCUGAUCUAUGUUGGAGAAUGGACAUCAGAGUGGGAAGUGAAAGGUGCAUCACAAUCAGAAUAUCAAAGAUUUGGGCAAGCACAAUUGGAAGUAUAUGGAAAGGCUUCUUUCGGAUGGGCUUAUUGGACUCAUAAGAAUGUUCAAGAACAUUGGAGCUUUCAAUGGAUGGUCCAAAAUCAAUAUCUAGAUUUAUAAUAAAAUAUAUACCAUGAUUAAACAAAAAUAAAUAAACUCUAAGAAAAGAUGAAAUAUCUACAAUAAAUUAAAUAGAGAAAGUUAAUAAAUAAUUUCUCAAUGUUAAUGGUACUAUCAUGUGACUACAAAUAGCACUAGCAUUGUAAGAGAAGAUACAUUAUAAAUUGAUUAAAUAAGUAAAUAACUUUAUUAUUUUGUC